AUGCGUUUCACUCUUCUUGGUCUGGCCCUUGCUGGUCUGUCGGCGGCUUCUAUAUGGCCUCCAUGUCAAGGCUGGAGCCGUGACUUGUGUGAGGCCAAAAUGCGCAACCGGUCUGCCGAUGCCCGGGAUAUGCCCGGCUACCCUUUCCACCCCCACCAUGUUGCUGGUGAUGACAACUAUGAUCCCGAGGUGGAAGGUAAGCCCGGUUAUGGUCACGGCAACGGCGCUGUCCUGCUCUCAGCCGGACCAGACAGCUACUGGGACCAAUUCCUGCGCUUCGAGGGUGGUUGUUUCCAUGGACGCACUGCCCCAUCCAUGAACCCGAAGGUACCCGGGAUGGGUGGUGCUGUCAACUGCACCUACUAUCCCGACGGCCCCAACCCCAAGCCCAAUUACAAGAUCAUCCCUGGAGAUGAGGGUGCCGCCAUCCAGAACGUCACCAUCGGGGCUGAGCUUGUGUCCAUGAACCCUCUGCAGGUCAACAUGACCGUGCACAACCCCACUCCUCUCCCCAUCACCUUCUGGAAGGAGUGGUCUCCCCUGAGCAAGCGUGGUUGGCAGCUUGGGUAUUACUCAAUCGAGACCGAGCUCUGGGGGCAUUUCUUCGGUCGUGUUGGCGAGAGGUACCGCAUGAACUUCGUGCAGGAGAUCCCCAAGCGCCCCGAGUCCAUCGAUGAGCUAGUCCAGCUCAACCCCGGCGAAUCCGAGUCCCAAACUGUCACCCUCUUCACCUGUGAACCCUCCUCCGAGGGGUCAAUCUUCGACCCUUGCAAGCCUGAGAUGUGGGAGAGGGCAAUCGAGUCCCUCCGACUUUUGGGUUGGAAGCGAAUGCUUAUCCAGGGAGAUUGGUACGGCAUCUGGGCCAAGACCAAGGAGGAGGCUUUCGGCAACAUGACCGACAAGCCUAUGAAGGGUUACUGGACUCGUUGGUGGGCCAGUCAUGCCGUCAUCCCCACCGAUGACGAGCUCAAGGAGUUUGGAGCUUAUACUCCUUUCAGCGCUCCUUGGAAUGAGACAGAGGCUGCCGUUAAUGGGACCUCUGCUUGA